AUGUCAGAGAAGAGAGAUGAGGCAGAACCACUCAUAGUAGAAGCAAUGGUCCACCAAGUAGACCCAGCUCUAGGUUCACCACAACGGGCUGGAGAUGAAGAGGUUCUUCAGAUAGAACUUGACAAGGAGACACUUGACGCCUUAGGAGAAGAUCCUUCUUUGGCAAAUGCAGAAGCAGUUCAGCUACACUCAGCUAUAUGUACUCGCUGGAAACCCAUAAUAGCUUCAGGGCUAGAAAAAUCUGCUAGUGCUGAACUAGGUAUUAAUGUGAAGGUUGUCGAGAGAGCGAAUACUGCUUUGCAAGGAUCUCCUCAGACUCAGAGUAUUGCUAAAAUAACGAUAGAAAGCAUCAAUUUGAAAGUGCCACAUCUCACACCCAACGAUGACAUAAAGUUGCAGUUGUUGACACGUAUCAAAGCAGAUGAGUCUAUGAUGAUACCGUUUCGCCGAUGGAAAUUGCACGAGCUACCAGCACUCACACAAGGAUCUACCAUAGAAAUCUGGUCCGUAAAGACAUGUUCUGCAUUGGACAGUCCAAGAUAUGUUAUAGUAUUUUUCCAAACGAAAAAAGCCGAUAAUAUGCAUGAAGAUGUCACCUUGUUCGAUAAUGCCAACAUCAAAUCCAUACGAUUGGCUCUGAAUAGCGACUAUUAUCCGCAAGAAAGAAUGCUAUUGGACUUUUCCAAAGACCAAUAUGCCGACGCUCACUUCAACUAUACAGAGUUCAACAAGAGCUACCAUAACUGUCAAGAAAAGCGCUCUCUAGUAAACUUUGCCGAAUUCAAAUCCCGACCAAUGUUUGUUAUCGAUUGCUCGAGGCGCUAUCUGGGAGAUGAUAAUGAUAUUGAAGCUUAUAUUCAUGAAGGCUUAGAAGAUAUAGCUCCAUUAAACAUAGAGAAUGCUCCAAAUAAUGAUCUCAGAGGGGCUAUAUUACGUGAUAAUUUAGUCCAGGAACUGUGGGAGGCAAGGAGAUGA